GAGAGAGAGAGAAAGAGCGGGCAAAUGAAAAGAAGCCAGCUGUUACGGUUCAUUUUCAUUUCUCGGUUUGUUUUGGUGUAAUUACAACAGUAACGUGUUGUUUCAACCAGUGCGAAAUAAACACUUGUCUAACUUUCCGACAUCCUGUGACUCACCACAUCACUAGUUUUUGGCCUGCUGACGUGGACAGACAAGACUCAGUGACUGCCUUCCAUCCUCAGUCACAUUAAUCCUUCGUAUGCUCUUCGGUGAGACACCACAUACAUACAGUGUAACCAGCCUUCAGAUGGAAACCUCUAAAACAGUGAUGGAACCAAAAGCAGAAACCUCUAAAACAGUGAUGGAACCAAAAGCAGAAACCUAUAAAACAGCGAUGGAACCACAGGCAGACAAACCAAAACCAGAAGUUGUGAAGAAGAAAUCCCAUGCACCCCAUACCUUUGAAUGGACCACCAGUGGCAAGACACCCACCACCGUCACCUGCAGUGUAGCUGGAACUGUUGAAAACUCUUUGAGGAUGAGCCCUGAAUUUACAAAACUUGAGAGAAAGAACAAAAAGAAUAAAGAGCUUGUUGUUUGGCAAGGUAGGAAAGCAAUUAGUUCACAUUUUCCAUGUAGCUUAAUUAAACCAGGAGAACGCCUAACUGUCAACUAUGUGAAAGCUCCAGAAAAGCUAAAGCAGCCAUCUGGUCAGUCAGGAUAUCCCCGGAGAGGGUUAUCUGACCAAUAUGUGGUGUUUAAUGUACUGCCUAAGGGAAGCAAGAAUGUAGUGAAAAUCCUGAGGAACCCAGCAAUAGCAGCACGUGCUCAGGAACUAACAGUUUAUGCACACAAAGGAGAAAAAGUGAAGCAUGCAUUGAAAAGAGAUGGUCGCUUUCAAAAGACCAUAUUCAACAAAACCUGUGCACUUGCUGACACCAGCACUGAUGUAAACACAGAAAUGUCAAAUCUUGUUGAUGAUCUUGAUGGUAAAACUUUCCAGAUCAUACUGCUUGAUAAAUCAUGCCCACCAGACAGUCAGCCAGGCAGUCUUGAUGACACUUGCGCAGUUCAAAGUGAAUCACCACCAUCUGAUUUGAAUGAAAACUGUGAUCCUUCUCCGUCUUCUGCUCCAGCUGAAACAGAUGGGAAACCAAACCUGAAUGACUUUAUGGUUUGUGUAAUCCCUGGUUCCCAGAAAAUAUGUGAACUCUUACGUUCACAAUUACAAAACUGGGUGAGAACAGAGCUGGAGGGAAAACCAAAACAAAGUGUGCCUAGGCUUCUUAGAGCAGAGUUUGGAAAACGUCGUGAGACUUCUUUUGAGGUAAAAAUAGGAAAAACACUGAUGCAUUUGAGUGACUCUGUGUGUCAGGUCAGAGUAGAUGGAAGUCCUAAAGGAAGUGGUUUUCUCCUGUUUGACACUUUUGUCCUCACAAAUGGCCAUGUACUCGAAGACAUUUUUGAUUGGACCACAUGGCAACUUUACGGGAAAGUAACUGUCCAUUUCUCUCAUGAAAGUCAGGGUCAGCCUGGGGUAGGACACAAAGUGCAAGAGGUUGUUGCCGCUGAAUAUGGAACUGAUGAGUCAGGGUACAGCCGUGACUGGGCUCUGUUGAGUCUCUGUCCAGAUGAGAUGUUACCUGAUGAACUGUUGAGCCGCUUUACAUCUUGUCCUCCAGGUGGUAGUAUUUAUAUCAUAGGACAUCCAGAUGGUGGUGUGAAAAAGAUUGAUCCCUGCUUGAUCAUUCCAACUGUCCAGCGCAGGAAGGCCGUACGCCACCAUAGACUAGAAGUAGAACCUUACAGUGCAAUUCAGAUCCUUACACCAGCUGUCCUUAAAGGUAUAGAAAGAGAGAUUACAUUCAACGGCCAAAUUUUAACUUAUGACACCUGUUUCUAUUUUGGUUCAUCUGGCUCUCCUGUCUUUGAUAAACAUUGCAAGGUUGUUGCUAUGCAUUCUGGUGGAUACCCCUACAAAACCCUGAAAGGCAAACAUGAGAGUGUCAUCGAGUAUGGAUAUCCUUUGUCAGACAUCAUCGAACAAAUGAUCAUCCAGUUAGUACAAAGAGAAAAACUGGAUGUGGUGACGAAAUAUUUUACUAGCAAAUCCUCAAAACACGAAGAUGUGUUGAAUAACUUGAAGAAAGUGGUUGACAUCAGAAAAUACCCAAAGUUUAAAACUGCAGUAAACAAUCCAGAGAUCAGAAAUAAUGAGAAUUUGAAGACGUUCUUUGAAUUCUUCGCUCAGACAGAGGAACCAGAGCCAAUGGAUUAUAGUGGGCACCCAUGGCUCAGAUUGUAGAGCGGGUCGUCCAAUAACCGUAGGGUUGGUGGUUCGAAUCCUGCUCUGUCCGUGUGCUGUUGUGUCCUUGGGCAAGACACUUCACCCUCCUUUCUUCCUUGUAUGAAUGUUUGGUGGUGGUGGGAGGGGCCGUAGGUGCAGAUUGGUAGCCACGCUUCCUUCAGUCUGCCCCAGCUGUGGCAUCAGAGGGAGAAUGUGAGAGUGAAUGAAUAAUGGGUCCUCUGUAUGCAUUCAUAGAAAAGCGCUAUAUAAAUCUAAUCCAUUAUUAUUAAAUAAAUGUCCAAAGAUAAGAUGCAGUAUGACUGGAGAGUUCACGUUUACUGUCAAAAUCACCACGUUGAUUAUGUGUUGUAUGUACUUUUUCUGUGUUGAAAAAUAUGUAAAAUUGCAAUUGUCUUAAGUACCUCCAGUUUUGUAUUUGGAAUUGUUGAGAAAAUUAAAUGUAAAAAGCCCAGUUUGUUUUGGAUACCUGAUGGGGAUAUGUUGAGUUGGUUAUUUGAAAAUGAAAUAUAUCGUUUGGCAAGAGUUUUGGGGAGGGCAUGGAAACUUAGACAAAGAACUCUGUAUCUGGAACUAAAAUGACCUUGUUUCAUGUAAUUAUUUUUGGGAUGAGUAUAUGCUUUAUAUGUUGUUCAUCUUCCUGUUUUGAAUGUCAAUAGUGUCUUAUAAGCCUAUACUGGCAGGGCACAUAAGUGUUUGACACUUAAAUAAAAUAUUCAUUCAUUGUACUUUUUUUUUCUUAUAAUUUUGUUGCAUUUUUAAAUGUAUACUUUUGUGAGAACGUUGUUUUUAAUGUGUAAAUAAAUUACUACAA